AUGGACGAUGACGAUGAUGAAGUGCCUACGCUAUCAUCAGACACUCUGGCCACGCUAAAUGCGUUCCUCGCGGAGAAGGACACCAAGACCAAGCAGUUCGAGGAGCUGAAAGCGAAAGCGGAGACCGACUUUCAACAUGCAAGUGGUCACCUCUCCAUGGACAUGUUCAGCGAGGACUGGCAGACUUCACAGUUCUGGUAUACCGACGCCACGGCUCGCCUGUUAGCUGAGCAGCUUCUUGCGGAGGCAGACGGUCAUAGUUGCAUUGCAGUUGUAUCUGCGCCCAGUGUAUACGUUGCCCUACGGAAUCUCUUGAACGCGAAAGAUGCCGCCGAAAAGCCAACGAUCAAAUUGUUGGAGUACGACAGACGCUUCGAAGUCUUCGGGUCUGACUUUGUGUAUUACGACUUCCAACGUCCGCUUUCUCCGCCUCCGGAGUUGAAAGGCAAGUUCGACCGCAUCAUCUGCGAUCCGCCAUUCUUGUCCGAAGAAUGCCAGACGAAGACAGCGUUAACCGUCCGCUUCCUCGCGAGUAGCUGGGAUGGCGGUAAGGGCGGGCUGCGCUUCAUGUCUUGUACGGGUGAGCGGAUGGCCGAAUUGAUCUCUAAGCUAUAUGACAAGCUUGGUGUCAGGAUGACCACCUUUGAGCCGGAACAUAGCAAGGGCUUAUCGAACGAAUUUCGGUGCUACGCAAACUUUGAAUGCGAAGAGUGGCACUUGCGAUGA